AUGACUAAAACCGUGUGCAUUUUGGGGGCUGGUGUGUCUGGUUUGACAUCAAUAAAGAGUUGUCUUGAAGAGGGACUACUUCCGGUUUGUUUUGAGAAGGACGCCAACAUUGGGGGACUCUGGAAUUACAAGGACAUCCCAAAAGAUGGUGAGCCCAGUCUGUACAAGUCGUGCAGCGCAAACACCAGCAAAGAGAUUAUGUGUUUUAGUGACUUUCCAGUCCCUAAGGAGUUUCCUAACUUCAUGAAUCAUGUUUACCUGAAGAAAUACCUUGACCUGUAUGCUGAGAAGUUUGAUUUAAGAAAGUACAUUAAAUUUCAACAUUCUAUUGAAAGAAUUCAGAAAGCGGAAGAUUUCUCCGAAUCUGGUGACUGGUUGAUUACGAGCAUUAGUCUUCGAACGGGUAAAAAAGAAACCACUAGGAUGAACUUUGUCUUAGCUUGUAAUGGACAUUUACAUGAACCAAAUAUUCCAAAAUUCCUCGGCCUGGAGAGAUUCAAGGGAAAAGUGAUCCAUACACAUGAUUAUAAGGAUUUCUACGGAUACGAAGGAAAACGGAUUUUACUCAUCGGGAAUGGGAACUCUGGUAUGGAUGUUGCGUCAGAACUGAGUCUUCACGCAGGACAUUUUUACAUGUCCACGAGAAAGGGAUUUUACGUAUUCCAAAGAACCUAUCACGAGGGUCGUCCGUUUGAUCAUACCAUUCUUUGUCGCUUCAGACAACACAUUCCCUGGUCUCUAAUGCGUCCUUUCAUGUACCACAGAAUUUUCGACAGGUAUAACCAUGACAAGUACGGGCUGUCUCCAAACCAGAGGUACAAUGGCGGAACGGUUUCCAUUACCGACGACCUUCCAAAUCGGAUCAUCUACGGUAAGAUUACAAUGAAAACUGGAGUUGAACGAUUCACAGAGAACGGUGCGAUUUUCAUUGAUGGCACGGAGCUGAAGGAUAUUGAUGUAAUAGUUCUUGCAACAGGAUAUAAGUACAGCUACGAUUUCUUAGAAGAAGGUGUUGUCAAACUCCAUGAUGCGUUCCCAUACCUGUACGAUUUAGUGUGGCCUGUGGAUCUUCAGCCAGCAACUUUGGCUGUCAUUGGGCUCGUUCAACCGGUUGGUCCGGUUCCUCCGACAGUAGAAAUGCAGGCUCGAUGGGCCACGCGCGUUUUUUCUGAAAAAUGUCAACUUCCCUCUGUGGCUACACGGGUAGCAGAAGUAGAUCAGAAGUAUGUCUUAUCAAAGAGACGCUUUGGUAUCGAGUCAUCACGAUACACAAUCAUCGUUCACUACAUACCAUAUAUGGAUAAAAUUGCUGGAUGCAUCGGAUGCAAACCUCCCCUAUGGCGACUCUUUUUCUCCGACAACGCCCUCUGGAGGAAGAUUUAUUUUUGGGGAACAACCCCUCCGCAAUGGCGCUUGCAUGGUCCCGGAAAGUGGGAAGGAGCUCAGGAUGCGAUACUACGAGUGGAGGAAAACACCUGGUAUCCGUUACGGUCACGCCAAGCUGGCACAAAUAGCAAGGAAGGGAUCUAUGAGGGGUGGAUAAGUCUGCUGAAGAAGCUGAUAUUGGGACUCUUGCUCUUGAUCUUUCUGAUAUAUAUUGUCUAAUGGACACGUGACUUUCCAACAAAAAAAAAAACUGCAUUAAUCAAAUAUUUUGUUUCAUUCAUUUGUGUAGGAUAUAAA